UGCACGUACCUCUAUGAUCGACCGCUUUCCCCAUAUUUGAAUAAAGUUCUCUCCGCGUCCCUCGUGACCACGCACACGACCUCCGCCCCCAGCCGACUAAGAGCGAAGUAAAAGAGGUCAAAAAGCAAGCCUUCCCAAUUCUCGAAACACGACCGAGGCAAUUCUUUUUCCCCUGGAUCAUCUUCCAAAGACAAAACUCCCAAACACACUCUUCUACCCAUUCACACUACAAUUAAACACAUACACACACAAUAUGCGCGACAUGCCAUCCCGGUUCAUCGAGAUCCUUGACCCCAGCGAUGGCCACCCUCGCAUUUCCGACUCCGACGUGCGACUUGAAGAUGUCCUCGCCGACCACGAAGCCUUCGUCACCCGACCGCGAUCAUCUACACAGUCUUCUUCAAAAGCCAGUAUAGACAAGGAUCGCAUGGAGCGGGACAAUAUGUCCUCGCCAGGGCAGCGGUGGAAACGCCUUAGCAACAUCCUUGUCCCUAAUCGACGCGCCUCCACCUGAAGGACACACCGUCCACACCACAAUUCGAUUUACGGGCGUUUCAA